CUGUUUAGCUAUAAAAGGGAAGGCACCCUUUCCUUUCUUGAACACACAGCAACUUCCUCUUUCUCUCUCCAGAGUUUUUAUUCUCCUAGCUUGUAAUUGGUGACUUUUGGUCUAAAGCUCAGACCCUAACAAGGGGUUCGUUUGAAUUUGUGGAGGGAUAAAAAGGAUAUGGCGAGGGAGAAGAUCAAGAUCAAGAAGAUCGACAACGUGACGGCGAGGCAGGUUACCUUUUCCAAGAGAAGACGAGGGCUUUUGAAGAAAGCUGAAGAGCUUUCUGUUCUCUGUGAUGCUGAGGUUGCUCUCAUCAUCUUCUCCGCCACCGGAAAGCUCUUUGAGUUUUCCAGCUCAAGUAUGAAGGAUAUACUCGAAAGGUAUAAUCUUCAGUCUAAUAGCCUUGAGAAAAUGGGCCAACCGUCUCUUGAGUUGCAGCUAGAGCAUGGUAAUAACAUCAGAUUGAGUAAGGAAGUGGCGGAUAAGAGCCAGCAACUAAGGCAGGCGAGGGGAGAGGAUCUUCAAGGACUAAAUUUAGACGAAUUGCAGCAAUUAGAAAAAAAGCUCGAAGCAGGACUUAGACGUGUGCUUGAGACUAAGGAAGAACGGAUAAUGACUGAGAUUACUACACUUGCAAGAAAGGGAGCUCAGUUGAUGGAAGAGAACAAGCAAUUAAAACAGAAGAUCAUGGUGUCGUACAAGGGGAAAAGACCUGUUAAUCUGGACUCAGACAUAGUGAUCCAGGAAGAAGGCACGUCAUCAGAGUCGGUCAACAAUGUCUGCAGCUGCAAUGGUGCCCCUCCACCAGAGGAUGACAGUUCUGAUACAUCUCUCAAAUUAGGGCUAUCCCUUUAGGUGAAGCUGGUGGAAGACGGAGGAGACUCGUGUAAUGAAUAAGGCUGGAUCCUGGUCUCUUUAAGAUAUUACCAAGUUUAACGAAAUGGUACAAGCGACUAGAGAACUUGUUUUGUUUUUAUCUCUUUUGGCUGGUGCUGCUCUUUGUUUGAGUAUGCAUAUAUGAAUUCUCUAACUACUUUGACUAUUUGCAAUCGGCAACCUAUAUGUAAGUGCUAGGUUAAAUAAUUAAUGACUUCGGGGGGUUUAAUGAGCCUCUUGUUGCCUUUGCAUGAGACUU